AUGGCCGAACUACACCUUCCAGAUGCAGCGCAGGUUUCAACCUCACUUGACAACCUCGAGAAGCUUAGCACAGACGAGUACAUUAUAGCGUUUGGUCCUAACGGUAGGCACUUCUUUGCUACGCCCAAUGGCUACUCCGCUUCGCAACUCCCAAUGAGAGUGGUGGACUAUCUGACAACUAAGCCUGUUAGAAAAGUCCGCUGGGCAUCGUAUGGCUCUGAUUCCGAAUCAUGGUUCUUCGUGUUCGAGAUGAUUGACGGCACAUUCACUUUCCACGUCGGCGCACGCAUACCAGCAGCGCUUCGACAGUUCAUUAACCAAAUCCGACUGGUACCCAAUCUAUGUUUGGGCUUGCGUGUGCAGCUCGGCGGCGACGACUCUUUCGUAGCAUGGUCCCGCACAUCCUGGGUCUGCUACGGCGUCCCUGCGGCGCUUGAAGCUAGACUAGUCCACAUGAGCGGAAACUACAUGAGGUGUUCUGGCGGCACUAAUGGAUCUUUUAGAGGUACGCUGAGCCAAGUUACGUGGCAUAAGGACGGCUCCUACUACCUCAAGGGGCAAAAAGGAUACGCUAGUCACUUCAGGUCGAGCAUCACCUGCAAAGCAUGGAGGACGCUUUGGUCGAGUAAAAGUGAGACUCCAAGCCUUGCGGAGUACUCAGAGCUGGUGCUUGUCGCCCUGGACUCUCAUGCGCCUGUCGGAGAAACCUUUGUCUUUAUCAAGAAACAAGGCGAUGCACAAGAAGCACCGUUCGUCUUCCACGUCCAUCAAGACACCAUCUAUGAAACAGAGGCCCCAAAGGCUGCACCCGCUGUCCAAGAAACACGGCUUCAGCAAACGGAGUGUAAACCAGAAAGGCCGAAGUUUUAUCGAUGGGCCAUCAGCACGCAAGACGGCCGUCCACAUCUGAACGACUCCUGGGAACUGCAGCUUAAGAAGAAUGAGAAGUUGAAGGUGUGGGAGGAUAGAGGCAAUGACUGGUUCAUCGUCGAGGGGCGACAAGGAGUGAAGGGCUGGGCGCAUGGCACGUGGAUUGCGUUCUGCGGAAGCAAGGUGCACCAGGACCCGCGCGCCACCUACACUCAGUUCCAGGAAGACAUGCAGAAGCUGCUCGUCCCUGGUCAGCUGCGCGAGUUCCCCCCGCUCAGCGAGUACAUGGAUGUUUGUUCCCAGGCCAUGUGCGAGGUGUCAAAGAGUAGUUCACAGCUAGGGUUCUGCGUCCACGACCUGCAGACGCUGCUGGAGGGCUCAGGGUCCUACUGCUACGAAUGGCUGAAGGAAGAGCGAGUUAUGUGGCACCCGGACAAAUUCGCCAGAUAUUGCCACCCUGAGCACAAGGAAGAGUUGAAGGCGUCCGCACAGGAGAUGUUUGUGUUGUACGGCGUUCUCAUGGACAUAUGCAGGCUGGAGGAGUAGGAAAGGAUGGCGAGGCACGCGUUGUUACAGCUUUUUAGGCGACGCCAUCACGUACAGAUCAAUCAAUUGGAUCCCGAUAACAAAGUAUAGUGU